GCACGGUACUGCCCCUCACCCUAACGCAUGGAAACACGCGAUUAUCACAUAGACUGGCCUAUGCAUAUUGGAUGAAGAUGCUAGGUCAUUCUAUUCAUGCGUCUGCUUUUUAUCUUUUGGGGUGUCAUUUUUGUGUCCUAAAUUGGGUUUUCGGUUCUGUGGGUUCUGAGCAUCUUUGAAACAGAGGGUGGUGGUCUAUGUGAGCCAAUACACGCAUGCGCCGUGGUUUCGUUGCUGCAGAGCGUUCGUCGAGGAAACCCGACGCUGCCAAGGAAACACACAUGCAGGCAUAGGGAAUCCAGAUUUCAGCAUCUUCCUCCAUUCCCUUCACGUCGACAAUGCAUCGGUAAUGAUGGUAGCGCGCAGCAAUGCCUCCGAUCUAUUCCAUGCCUGAUGUCUAAAUAGCUGCUAAAUCAUACAGCCAAAGAGAGGAGGUAAAAAAAAAGGUUAAGAAAAACAACCAGUGGCUGUGGAGGCUGUGGAGUCUGUGGCGGCUGUGGCGGCUGUGGAGUCUGUGGCGGCAUGCUAUACAGACUACAGUAAAGGAGACAAGAAUUAGAGGUGAGUGUGUGAGUGUGUGUAGGGCGCAGUCGCCAUGCCGCUGGUUAAAAGAUGCAUCGAGCCCAGGCACCUGUGCCGUGGAGCCGUGCCGGACGGGGUCACCAGCGAGCUGGAGUGUGUCACUAACAGCACCCUGGCAGCCAUCAUCAAACAGCUGGGGGGCCUGAGUCGACAUGCAGAGGACAUCUUUGGAGAGCUUUUCAACGAGGCCAACAGCUUCUACAUGAGAAUGAACAGCCUCCAGGAAAGAGUGGACCUGCUGGCUGUCAAAGUCACCCAGCUGGACUCCACUGUGGAGGAGGUUUCGCUGCAGGACAUCAACAUGAGGAAGGCCUUCAAGAGCUCCACCAUCCAAGACCAGCAGGUGGUGUCCAGGAACUCCAUCCUCAACCCUGUCAUGGAGAUGUACCAUCGCUGUGACAAACCUCCACCCCUCAACAUCCUCAGCCCCUACAGGGAUGACAAAAAGGAUGGCCUGAAGUUCUACACAGACCCGUCCUAUUUCUUUAAUCUGUGGAAGGAGAAGAUGAUCCAAGCAACAGAAAACAAGCGGAAGGAGAAGAGGCGGCAGAAGGCGGGUGACAAGGAGCAGAAACAGGUGGAGGACCCCAGCCGGGAGGUGAAGAAGGUGAGGAAGGCCCGGAACCGUCGUCAGGAGUGGAACAUGAUGGCAUACGACAAGGAGUUCCGCCCAGACACCCGCCUCACGCCUUCACCCUACCAUGGCAUGUCCUCUGAGGGAUCCCUCUCUCCAGACAGGUCUGGUAUGUCUGAUGAGCUGUCCUACCCUGCUAGCCCUAACCACCCACCCCAAGAGGGAGCUGUCUUGGGUCCUGAUGGGAAGGAGCACCUGACAGGCCCCAACCAGACCCAGUCUCUGGACCGGGCCUACCGACCCCCUGCCGCCGGCACCGCUGCAGCCCAAGGCCGCCAGCACUCCCUGGGCCGCGUGCAGUCCCACCACGGACCCACACCCACAGACCCCUCCUUGAACGGACCCCGGCCUGCAGCUGCCAAAGAGGCUAGUGGUCACCAGAUGCCAGAGCACUUUAUCCCUCCGGCCCCGCCCCCACCUCCUCCCCUCAUCCCCUCAGCCCAGACGGCCUUCGACAGCACAGCAGGGCCCCCCACCCUGGCCCCUGGCAAUGUGGCCGCCCUGUCCCGCCCCUACAGCCCCUCACCCCCUCCACCCCCACCCGCCGGCUACUUCCCCUCUCCAUCCCACCCUGUCACUGGGGGACCCCCUGUUGCCCCUCCUCCACCCCCACCUGGUGGCCCGCCAACAUUCGCUCCUUCCCCAGCCCAUGCCAUGCACCCCUCUGGGGGCACACUGCCAAGGAAGGGCAAGGUGCUAGGCAUCCCGAUAAGCGACGCACGCAGCGACCUGCUGUCAGCCAUCCGCAGAGGGAUCCAGCUCAGGAAGGUUCAAGAGCAGCGUGAGCAGGAAGCAAAGAAGGAACCGGUGGGGAACGACGUGGCCACCAUCCUGUCCCGACGCAUCGCAGUGGACUACAGCGAAUCAGACGAGGACUCUGAGCCUGAGGAGAAUGAGUGGUCAGACUGAGGCGGAGGAAGAGAGGAGCUUAGGCUUGCUGUACUCACCUACAUACUGCUGCUAUUCCAAUACCAGGAUACACACUCACACACACCACAAACACACACACACACACACACACACACAGUCCUCGCAUACUACGUCUCGAUAGACCGCUUGUUAGGGAAAGUACUGUAGAUGAGGUGCUUACACAGUAUGACAGUAUCCAUUACCUAGUCAGAUACUGUAUGGGCUGAGAGGAGGAGAGGAGAGGAGAGGAGAGGAGAGGAGAGGAGAGGAGAGGAGAGG